ACUCAGAGUUGUUUUGGCCGCGUUGCCAUUUGGACGUUCGCGCAUUUCUGCUAAACUUCCGCUUCGAAUCGCACCAGCAUUUUCGCGUCCUGUCCGAAAAAUCAAAAAAAUCGAAACACCCCCCACUCCAACUACCCGACCCCUUCCGCUGCCUUUUUUGGCCAAUUGCAAAAGUUUGUCUAGAGUGAAACGUGAAAUCUCUUAGUUUACCUUUGCCAAAAAACCAAAAAAAACAAAAUAAUAAAUAUCUCUGUGCUGUUCGAGGCGUAUAAUUUUGUGUGUACUUUUGCGUUCGAACCGGUGAACAACCAGCGGCAGAUCACGGAUCCAAAGACUCAAAGACCCACAACUGAGAUCACAUCACAUCACAUCGACAGAAUGGGAAAGGCGGAGUGCAUUAGCUACGAUGAGCACCAGUUGCCCUACAUCGAUUUGGGAACCGCUCGGAUUCGAAUGGAGAAGGAUCCCGCUCCGGAAUGGGCUUUGAAAAAAGCUCAGGACGAACUGAGGGAGUUGCCCGGCAUCAAGGAGGAGGCCAUCAAGCAGCUCAGGGAACUGAUUCAAAAUGAAAAGUUUCUGAACCUGCCGCUGGAUGAUGAGUACAUGAUGAUGUUCCUGCGUCCAACACAUUACUAUCCGGAUAGUGCUUUGAAAAGGCUCAAGAACUUUUACCAUAUGAAACUGAAAUACGGAGCUGCUUGUGAGAACAUUAUUCCCAGCAAGUUGCGAAAUGUUUUCGAGGCAAAUAUUCUAAAUUUGCUGCCCCAAAGGGAUCAGCAUGGUCGUCGUCUUUUAGUGUUGGAAGCAGGCAAAAAAUGGAAACCUUCGCAAGUGCCCUUGGUGGAUUUGUUCCGUGGCAUUCAACUGACAGUUUUGGGUUCAAUGGUCGAGCCCUAUUCACAAAUUUGUGGAGCAGUUGUUAUCAUCGAUAUGGAGGGUCUGCCACUUAGCCACAUUACGCAAUUUACACCAUCGUUUGCCGCCAUGUUGCUGGAUUAUAUUCAAGAAUGCAUCUGCAUGCGUUUAAAAGCCGUUCACAUUGUGAAUAAUUCAUAUAUAUUCAAUAUGCUAUUCGCCAUAUUCAAGCCAUUCAUUCGCGAAAAGCUGCGCAAGAGGAUCUUCUUCCAUGGCAAGGACUACAAGUCCCUGAUCUCUCACAUUGAGGCCAGUGCCUUGCCACCGAAAUACGGUGGAUCUGCCACUUGGGAAUUGCCACCCGGCAAACUCCUGGGAGAAUUCUUUGAGUGCUAUUCCAAAGAUUAUGAACUGGCUGACAGCUAUGGAUAUACUGAGGGCUACAAAAUGAAGAAGUAAAAGUACAAGAAAUCCCCAGAUCCUCAAUUACCCUUUUGAUUUGUAUUUUAGUCACAUAAGUUGGGUCAUUUGUGAUAUUGCAAAUAUUGUCGUACGUUAAGUCUUAGUACCUUUGCCCUUAAAAUUUAAGGCUCAGAAAAAUAUACACAUUUAUUGGAAAGAUCAUGAUUGAAGCAAUAAUUUUGUUUAGCGACUUGUAAGCAUUAAACCUGAAACCAUAUAUACUAAAUAUUUUGUACAAUUGUUAUUCAAGUAAUAAAGAUGAAUAUAUGUUGUAAAAACUUCAAA